UUACGGGCCUGGCAGCAGCAUGAGGAGUCGGUACGGGGGCCCAUGGCAGAUUACGGGCCUGGCAGCAGCAUGAGGAGGCGGUACAGGGGCCCAUGGCAGAGUGGCGGAGCGUAAGCAGCUAAAAUUGAAGGCCAUACAGAGGCCUAUGUUAAAAAGUCCCCCCAGCAGCAGCGUGGGGGGAGACGACUAUCAAGAGUCCAAUGGCAGAGUGGCGGAGCAGAAGCAGCUUCAAUUGAAGGCCAUACACAGGCCUAGGUUUAAAACCAAACACAGGCCUCGGUUAAAAAGCGGAAGCCGUCAGCAGCGUGAGCAGACGACAGAGGCACAUGGCGCAGGGUGGCGGUGGAGGCAGCAGCAAUGGAAGGCCAUACAG